CCCUUGACGAGUGAGGAGGGGAAGGAAGUGAGGAGGGGAAGGAAGUAGAGCAAAAGACUGAGACAAAACUCCUCUUCUUUCUUCGUGUCUUUAAAACCCCGAAAGGAAACUUGCCCCAACAUUUUUCGAUUUCAAUUUGCAGCUCAAUCAUGAGCAACGAAUACGAUUAUUUGUUCAAGCUUCUGCUAAUUGGGGACUCGUCCGUUGGAAAAUCUUGCUUGCUUCUCAGAUUCGCUGAUGAUUCCUAUGUUGACAGCUACAUAAGCACCAUUGGAGUUGAUUUUAAAAUCAGAACAGUGGAGCUGGAUGGCAAGACAGUCAAGCUGCAGAUUUGGGAUACUGCUGGACAGGAGCGAUUCAGGACUAUAACAAGCAGUUACUACCGAGGAGCACAUGGGAUAAUUAUUGUGUAUGAUGUUACUGAGAUGGAGAGCUUCAAUAACGUGAAGCAGUGGCUGAAUGAGAUUGACAGAUAUGCAAGUGACAGUGUGUGCAAGCUUCUAGUUGGUAAUAAAUGUGAUUUAGUUGAGAACAAGGUUGUCGAUACACAAACUGCCAAGGCUUUUGCUGAUGAGCUUGGGAUUCCUUUCCUCGAGACAAGUGCUAAAGACUCGAUCAAUGUUGAGCAGGCUUUCUUAACCAUGUCUGCCGAGAUAAAGAAAAAAAUGGGAAGCCAACCAACUGGUAACAAGUCGAGCGGAACUGUUGAAAUGAGGAGCCAGCCAAUUCAGCAGAACAGCAAUUGUUGCGGUUAGCCAUUACGUUCCUCGAAAGAAAUCUGUUAUAAAAUCGUAGAAUUGUGGAACUGUGUUGAGUGAAUUGUCUGUGGAUCUUUCAUAAACUUGUAAAAUAUUGCCUACUUGAAGACUUGCCUAUGGGAAAAAUGGAAUUAGGCCUCUUA